CGGACUGAGAGAUUGAUGAUAACAACAAGCUGAUUGAUCGACUGACUGGUCAGAGGGGUUGAGUGACAGCCAGAGGUUUGCCAGCGAUGGGCCGUAAGUUGGAUCUGUCGGGGCUAACAGACAAUGAGGCGGAGCAUGUGCUGCAGGUGGUGCAGAGGGACAUGCAGUUACGCAAGAAGGAGGAGGAGCGUCUCAGUGAACUGAAGCAGGAGCUGGAUGAGGAGGGCAGUCGCUGCCUCCUGCUGUCGCGGCAGAGUUGCUUCAACCAGCGCUGCUGCAUCCGCUGCUGCUUGCCCUUCACCUUCCUGCUCAACCCCAAGCGCCAGUGCCGGGACUGCUGCUACAACGUCUGCAAGGCCUGCCGGGUCUACAACAAGCGGGACAAAGCCUGGCUCUGCUCCACCUGCCAGAAGAGCAGGCUGUUGAAGACACAGUCAUUGGAGUGGUUCUACACUAAUGUGAAGCAGCGCUUCAAGAGAUUUGGCAGCGCCAAAGUGCUGAAAACUCUCUACAGGAAGCACUUGGCAGAGCACAGUGCGCUUUCAGAGCUUACUGAAGGCAGCACCUACGAGGAGAGUGUCGGCAAUGAGGGCAGCGUCUGUGGGAGCGACUCAGCCUUCUACAGACAAAGUCAAGAGCACAGCAUGGCUGAGAUGCUCAAUGUGGCCUUGCGGGUGGCAGAGGAGGCCAUAGACGAGGCCAUUUCCAAGGCAGAGACUGACGCUGCCAGUCAGGAGAAGCAGAAUGAGGCACACUAUCUGCGGGAACACAGAGGAGAGCUCAUUGAGGAACUGGCCAAAACUAUUGUGCAGAAAAUCAUCAGUAGGAGGAAGACCUUGGCCGAGAUGAGGGCAGAGUACGACCAGGACUGGCCCCUCGAACAAAGCACCGACUCCCAACCUCAACCGUCCACCUGUGAUCAAGCCUCCAGCUCCCUCGAACACCAACCGGGCCUCUGGAGGUCACACUCUGCCUUUUCACUGUUGAACAAUGACCCUCCAGGUCUGAUACAAGACUCCCUGCAGAGAUUAAAGAAGGAAGGCAGUGCGUCGACUGCUUCUGCUUGGAAGAGUGUAGACCGGCUGGACAACGCUGUGCUGAAGAGCCCAGACGGGAACUGGAUUGCCCUGCAGAGCGCCCAGCUGUCUCGUCCCAGCCUGCUGACCAGAAGGAAGAGCCUGGUCUACAGUGCCUUGGAGAAGGAGUCCGGAGCGGUGUCCGCCUAUGAAGGCAUGGGCUCUGACAACGAAACCAAGCCUGAGCCCGACAGCUCCUGGGGUGCUGUCCUCCACGAGAUCCACAGGAAGAUGACAGACUCCAACUUCAACCUGCAGGACACUGGAGACAGGAGCCCGUCCCCAGGCAGCCGAGAUGAUCUGUUUUCAGACACUGAGGGCAACAGGAAGCCUAAUAAACCUCUGCUUGCUCUUUUUAAGAGGAAGGUGCCUGCGGAGAUCAGGCGACCUUCAUCAUCCCGAAGGACAAGUAUCAUUGAUGUGUCCUUUAACGUGGAAGAAGCAGGAGAGGAGGAGGAGAGCAGUGUGGCUGCCAACCCAGAGGUGGGAAUAGUUAGGAGAUCGCAGAAGAAAAUGAAGAGCAAAACAGAGGAAGUGGCUGCUUCUUCUGUCUUGGAUUUAAACAAAGAAGACAACCAAUCCCAACCUACUUCUGAUACUGUGAAGCCUGACACCUCUGGAGCCACGACCCCUGAACCUUUUGACCUCGAGAGUGACAUGACUGGACAUGGAGCCGAUCAGACGGGCGAGGAGCUCACUUUAAAACUGCAGAAGCUAUCAGGCCAAGUGUCUGGCCACUCUACUCAAGAAGCUCUGCUUGACGAAGACAGAGAUUCUGGUGAUGAUGGACAGAGGGAGGAAAGGAGACAAGAAAGUGAGGACAGAGAUGAAGAAGAUGAAAGUUUGUGGAAGAUGGAAAUUGACUUGGAUGAAGGAAGAAUGGAGGAUGAGAAAGAGGAGGAAGAGAGAGAUUUAGAAAUAGAUGACGAAGAGAUGAAAUACAGAUUAUACAGGCUCGUCGCACAGUCCAGACUCAAAUACUUCUCCUCUACUGAUGAUGAGUUAGACAAAGUUGGCCAGAGUGAAGGGGCAUGGGAUGAAGUUAUGAAGAAAGACAAUAAAGAGCAGGAGGAAGAAAAGAUAUACGGAGUUACUUAUACACUCUGUCAACUGGAAAAAGAAGUCAGAGCUACUCAGUUCUCAUCCACAGAGGACGAGCUGGACAGAGUUGGUGUGGAAGACAAGACUGAAGAGGAGGAGGAGAGGGAGGAGGAGGAGCUGGCUGUGAAAGUGUGCAGAUUAGCUAACCAAGUCGACACCACUCAGUUUUCAUCCACAGAGGAUGAGUUGGACAGAGCAGGCAGAGGCAAGGAAGGGGACGAGGCAAUAGAUGAGGAGACGCUGUGGAAGUUACAGGCAGAAAAAGCAGUUCAGCUUGCUCAGCUGCGCGAUUUGGCCUGUCUAGUCAGCGCCUCUCAGUUUUCUUCCACUGAGGAUGAGCUGGAUAGAGUCGGAAAGAAUGAAGCAGAGAGAGAGCAGGAGGUAAAUGAAGGAAGAAUCAAGAGUAGCAUUGUGAUGGAAGAAGUGUUGGAAGGAGCUAUGGAGAGGAGGGAAUCAUUCGGCAAUUUGGAUGUGAAAAUGUUUGAUUUGAGGGAAGAAAUUGAGGAAACAAAGACUGGGAGUAGUGAUGAAAAAGCAACAGCUGAGAAUGUUUUGGAUGGUAAGAUUAAGAUAGAUGUCCAACGCGGCGAAACAGAGGUAGAGGAACCUGAAAAGAGAGUUUUCUUGGAAGAGACUGUAACGGAAGAGGUUGAGGAUGAAAUAAUAAUAAUAGAGGAGCCUAUAUGUGAAGACAAGGCUAAAAAAGCAAAAGAGACACAGGAAAGAAAAGAGAUGAAGUUGAAAUCAGUGAUGGAAGCAGAGAAAAUUGAGGAAAUAAUCGACUCAAAUGAGACAGGAGCAAAACAGGAAAAUCAGCCAGAGGCAAAGUGGCCAGACAAAAACGAAGGAGGAGAGAGAGAAGGAGAAGAAAAGUUUAAAGAAAGCAGAGAGGGUCAGGAGAAGUGGGAAACAACAGACGAUGAAGAGGAAGACGCAGAAUUUGACAGAAUGAUCAGCAGCAUGUUGACGAUGACUUUAGAGGACAUGCAGGUAGAAACAUUAAAAGAUAAAGCUGCAGAAAAUGGGAGAAUAAACAGAGAGCUAGAGGACACAGAGACAUAUGAGAGUGUUAAAAUAGGUGGAGAAAGUGGUUUCAUAGAAAAGGCUGUUGAUGCACAAAGUACAAAUGCAUCAGAGGACACAGGAAGUCCGAAAGAGUUUCAAAGUCAAGGAAAGAAUGUGGGGUCGGAGUCAGCUGUGAGAGAGAGAGGAGAAAAUGUAACUGAGCAAAUUGGAGGAGAUACUUCCAGAAGAAGGGAAAGUGGAGAGCUGAAAGGCAUUAAUGAAAAUGACCAGGAAGAAAGAGAUAUAGAUCCAGAAGAAAAGAGAAAUUUAAUACAUGAUAAAAAUGGGGCGCCACAGACAUGUAAAAGAAUAGAGGUGGAUGAUGAGGAACAAGAGGAUGGAGAAGGGAGAAUGGGUAGUGAGUGGCAAAUGAUGGGAAUGCAGGGAGUUGCUGCAGAUGGAGAAUGUAAAAGUGAUGAAACAGAUGAAAAACGUGGAAAAAGCGUGGACGACACGGAGCAGAGCAGCACAUCUUCUCUUCAGGAGGGUUUACUGUCUCCAGAGGAGAUUGAAAAUAGGUAUUCAGCGGUGUCUCUGUGCAGCAUCACCACUGAGGUGCUGAAGGUGCUGAACGCCACCGAGGAGCUGCUGCAGGGUGUUGAAGAAGGAGACAACGCGCAACUGUCCUCCACCUCACUGCCCCCCAACACCGACCCCAAGAAGCUGGAUCAACAGUUCUCCAAACUGGAGGAGAAUGUUUACGUGGCAGCUGGUUCGGUGUACAGUCUGGAGGCGGAGCUGAGUGACCUCGAGGAGUGUGCCAGGGGUAUCUGCAGCUCCACGUCCGAUAUGGAGCUGUCCUUCCUGGAGGAGCAGGUGGCAUCAGCAGCUGCCAAGGUCCAACAGUCUGAACUACAGAUUUGUGACAUCUCUGUGAGAAUUGCUGCGUUGAAGAGUGCAGGCCUUAAUGUGGACACACAGUCACACGUCACGAAGACAAGGGCCAUUCCAGUUAUGCCUGUCACCCUGGACUCAUCAAGACAACUGAGGAGGAGAUUACCAGCACCGCCAGUGAAAGAAGACAGAGAAACCUAAAUCACUGACCCAGGACUGUUGCAGUACCUCCAACACAGCAGUGCCUUGACCCUGUGACUCUGCAGCCUACAGACCAUUCUUGAAUGAUCCAUUCAGAUACCAUUUUGCCUUAAUUUUAUCCUACACUAAACAUGCCUAAAAUAAUACGGGAUGAUAGUACAGGAAAUAAUUGAUUCUAGUGUCAUCUUGUUAGAAAUGUACAGUAGAUAAAACGACUUUAUUUUCAGAUUGGAGACGAGACAGUUUUGACAUUUUAUCAGCAUUGAUCAACUGUAUAAAGAGACAGAGCAGGUGGACUCUCAGCUCACUAAAUGUCAGAACAAGAAAAUCACUAAUAUUUGAGUUUUUAGACUUUUUAGAUUUCCAAACAAGUAGAUAACAAGUCUGGUGAAAUUAUUAUAAUACACAGUAUGUGUAAAAAGAAUAAAUUAAUUUUUAUAGACUUCAUUUAAACGCCAUUAGUUGUACAUUUAACUUAUUGAUGAAUACAAAUAGUGUGCAGUGACCGAAAAGACAAAGUAUCAGCAGUACAGCUAGUGGAUAAAACAUGCAAUUUACACUGUUUUUACUGUAUAUCAAAUAUAAAGAUUACACAAACAUGGGAACAAUUAUAGCAUGUUAGAAAAAUGUUGAGACUGUAUCAUGUCUAAAAUUAAUACUUUGGAUAAUAUAAACCUGUAUUUUCCUUGGUUGUGCAUGUUGUAGUGUACAUAUUUGUACAGCAAUCAGUAAAUGUUGUUUUAUGCCUCUAUUUUUAA